GGGCGCGGAGCCGAGCGGCCAUGGCCCCGCUCCUUCCCCCUGCCCUGCCCGCCGGCCCGGCCCCGGUGCCGGCCCCGGUGCCGGUGGCCAUGUGAGCCAUGGCGGCGGGCGGCGCGGCGGGGCUGGCGGCGCUGCUGGGCAGCGCUUCCCCGCACCUCCUCAUCGUCUCCGCCGCCGAGGAACCGGCGGGAGGCGGACACACCGAGACCGACCUCCUGCUUUUCGCCACGCCGCAGCCCGCCCGCCCGGGAGAUGCACCGAGACGGCCCGCGCUGGGCAGACCCCCGGUGAAGAGGAAGCUGAACUUGGAGACGGAUCACCAGUACAUAGCAGAGAGCCUGCCGGUGGGCCGGGGCAAGGCCAGGAACCCUGCUAAAGGGGCAAAGUCUCCUGGGGAGAAGUCCCGCUACGAAACCUCCCUGAACCUCACAACCAAGCGCUUCCUGGAGCUGCUGAGCCAGUCACCCGAUGGCGUCGUGGACCUCAACUGGGCAGCCGAGGUCCUGAAGGUGCAGAAGAGGCGCAUCUAUGAUAUCACCAAUGUCCUGGAGGGCAUCCAGCUCAUCACCAAGAAGUCUAAGAACAACAUCCAGUGGCUGGGCAGCCAGGCCAGCGUGGGAGCCCCCGGCCGGCACCGGCUGCUGGAGAAGGAGCUGCGGGAGCUGCAGGCGGCCGAGCGGCAGCUGGACGACCUGAUCCAGAUGUGCACGGUGCAGCUGCGCCUGCUCACCGAAGACCCCGCCAACCAGCACGCAGCCUACGUGACCUGCCAGGAUCUCCGCAGCGUUGUGGACCCCUCAGAGCAAAUGGUGAUGGUUAUCAAAGCCCCCCCGGAGACCCAGCUGCAGGUCUCAGACCCGGCAGAGGCUUUCCAGGUCUCUGUGAGAAGCACUCAGGGCCCCAUCGAUGUCUUCCUUUGCCCCGAGGACAGCUCGGGGGUCUGUAGCCCUGUCAAGAGCCCCUUCAAAGCCCCCAUAGAGGAGUCAUCCCCUGGCCAUUCGCAGCCCAGAGCCUCCCCGCUCCUGCAUCCCGCCCAGGACGUGAACAUGUCACUUAUGCCUGGAGACCAAGAGCCGCUGCUGCCAGGGACGAGCGCGCUGCCCAGCAAGGGCCCAGCAGAGGAGGUGAACCUCUCACCACUGGCCUCCAUGGACGCCCUCCUGGAGCAGAGCAGGGAGGAUUUUUCAGGUUUCUUGGCAGAUGAGUUCAUCAACCUGUCCCCGCCGCAGGCACAGGACUAUCACUUUGGCCUGGAAGAGGGCGAGGGCAUCAGCGAGCUCUUUGACUGUGACUUUGGGGACUUCACACCCUUGGACUUCUGAGGCUCUGCCCAGAUGCUCGUGGGGGAACUGCCAGGUUGAGGAGGGGGGUACCCCUGGAGCCCUGCCCUCACAGGCAGGGCAGGGCAGGGCAGGCAGCCCCUCAUCUGCAGUGCCCACAGCUCCUCUCCCUGUCCUUGCAAUAUUUUCUUCUUACCCCUCCAGCCCCCCCAGCCUGGUGGGGGACAGUGCUGUCCCUGGCUCCAGCCCCACGAGGGAGAUGCCAGGGUGGGGGGGUCCCACCUUGAGGGACCCCCUGCAGGGUUCUGAUCGUGGGGGAGGGGGUGGGCUGCCCAAGGCAGAGCUGUUGCCCCCCACCCCAGGUGCCCGUUACAGAGCUUUAAGCAGUCCUGUGUA